AUGGCAAACAGCCAAGACCGAACGGUGUCUCUUCGGAGUGACCAAUGGUCAUGCAGUGAGUUGGCCAAAGGGGCUAGUCUGUGUGCCUCGAUGGCUGGUCUUGGCUUGAAAGUGGAUCCCACCAAGCUUUCCAAAGAUGAUUUGAAGCUAGCCAUCAAGGAUCGACUUGUUGAUGCUGAUGCACCAAAUCUGAAGUUCUUGAAGCCGAAAGACGAAGUGACGUCUGAUGAGACCCCCAUCCAUGAGGCAGCCACCUUACCGGCAGGGACAUCGCCUACUGAAACUUCUAUGGGAUCAUCGGAAAGACCUUCAAAACGAGACACUCCGGAUACCCUGGAGAUGUUGUCACCAGAAAAGAAAAGUUUGAAGGGAUCUGGGGAUAGCGUUGAUGGUCAAAGUCAGAGUGAUGAUCAUGGUAAACGCCCUGCACCAACAUCGGAAGAGAAGCUGUCCCCUGAGAAAAAAACGUUGAAGGUUGGUCUUCAAAAUGAUUCCCAAGAUGAACCGGUGGUCCCCCGUUCCCUUUUUGUCGAGUCACCAGCAAAGCUUCAGAACCCUGAGAAGUCCAAGAGCUUACCUGAGCCGAAGGUGGAUGAGCCGAAACCCGUGGACAAAACCCCUGAGCAGCUGAUGCUGGCUCAGGCCUUGGAACAAAUUCAGGCACUUUCAAACAAGGUGCUGGAGCUUGAGAGCGAGAAGAACAAGUCACUGAAGGUUCAAGGAGUACCAGUCGCAACCCCCCAAAACAAGAAACCUCUUAGCUCCACCCCAUCAUCGGAGGAAGGGUCGAAAUUUACUAGCCCUGGUCCCACGCCUGUUGGUUCUGAUGAUGAUAGCAAAGAUGAUGGGAAGGAAAAGAGUGAUGGGGAGAAGUCUCAGGAGCUCAUGAUUUUUCCCAAUGGCUCCAGAGUCAUUAGUCAUGACGCGCUCAGGAUGAGGCUUCGUCGCCUAGUUGAAAUAAAGCCUAAAACCAAAAAAUGCCACGUGGAUGAGGCGACACGGGAGCAAUACAGCAAAGGAGGAGAAGAUCGCGAGUGGCUUGAAAUAGCUUUGAUGGAAGCUAUUCAGAAAGUUGGGGUUGAGAACCGAAAGCACAAAGCUCUGCGGGACCAGAAGGUGGAGGCAAUCAAGGUGGACAACUUCAAGGCGAUCACUGAGGAGGGCAUGACCCCCGUGCUACCGGAAGUGGUUCAGUUCAUGGACAAGGUCCAUGGCAAAAUGAUGCUUGUGCAAACCAAUUUGGGUAAGUUGGAGAUCGAGGGUGAUGGGGCAGCCAACCCAGCCACAAAAGAGCUGAUGAAAGAUUGGGACAGCGUGAGGUUGAACUUUAAGCAGGUCUUCCAAAGCCUCGCUGAAAUCAAGGCUGACAUGACCAUCGGGGAUUCGGAUGCCGCUGAGAGUGAGCAGUUCACUUGGCUGCAUCUUUAUUUGACUUGGAUCGCAAUUUACCUGGGCUUUCGCAUUGCAAAUCUCAACAGGAUCCAAGAAAAAAUCCAUAGGUUUUGUUAUAUUUGGGCUCAAAGGGCCAAGCUUACUCAAAGAGCCAAACCUCCCAAAUCUUCCGGGCUGUGUGGCAGAGGGAAUCCCACAGUAAAGACCCCACGAAUUCCUUUUUCUAAAACGUUACUUAUGCUUGAUUUAUCAUGCUGCCAAGACUUCUGGCUAAGACCAUUCCAACUGAUUUGA